CGCACAUCGCCCAUCUUUAAACGGUCCCGUUAACCGUCAAGCAGCGUCCUGUCCCGUCCCGUCCGCUAAUAACGCCGUAAAACGGAUUAACUUUCGGGGGAGAAAAUUACCAAAAGAGUGAAGACCGGAAAAAAAGAUGAUUGAAACGAUGGACACGCAGCGCUGUCUACAGGCAGUGGAACGACUACAGGCUCGUCUGAAGGAACGAGGAGGCGAUGGGCCCUCCGAUGAGAAACUGAACCUGCUCAAAUCCGUCCUGCAAAGCCCUCUGUUCCAGCAGAUCCUCGCCCUACAGAAAUCAGUUCAGCAUCUUAGGGAACAGCCUUCAUGUGUAAACUUAGAUUAUAAUGGAGGAUAUGUCGACUUGGCUCAGAUUAAUGGACGAACCUCAUCAGAGGAGCACGAGCGCAUUAUUCGCACCAUGGCUCAGGGUCGGUACGUGACUCAUGUUGACUUGUCGAAGCCGGUAUCAGGAGGCCUGGGCUUUAGCGUGGUUGGACUGCGAAAUGAGAACCGAGGAGAACUUGGCAUUUUCGUACAGGAAAUACAGACAGGAAGCGUUGCACACUGUGACGGGAAUCUGAAGGAAGGAGAUCAGAUCCUGGCGAUAAACGGACAGCCAUUGGACCAGAACAUCAGCCAUCAGCAGGCAAUCGCGCUGCUGCAAAGAGCAUCUGAGCAUGUACAGAUUACGGUUGCCAGAGGUGCAAUUCCUCAGCUUUCCAGCCCAGUGGUGUCUAGAACUCCCAGUGCUGCUAGUACACUCUCUGCACACUCAAGUGGGACUCACUGGACACACAUGGAGACCAUCGAGCUCGUCAAUGAUGGCACUGGUCUGGGUUUCGGCAUUGUCGGGGGUAAAACCACUGGAGUCAUUGUCAAGACCAUUCUACCUGGUGGUAUUGCUGACAAGGACGGUCGCUUGCGCAGUGGGGAUCACAUCCUGCGUAUCGGGGACACUGACCUGUAUGGUUUGGGCAGUGAGCAGGUCGCUCAGGUGCUGCGGCAGUGUGGAAACAGAAUCAAACUGCUCAUCACAAGAGUAGCAGUGGAAGACGCCUCCCCUCCGCCCGUAGUCUUGCCAACAGUUACUGAGCAACAGGACAAUGAAGAAGAGGAGCAGGACGCAGUCGAAGUAAGUCUGACGAAGAACUCUCAGGGACUCGGCAUCACCAUCGCAGGAUACGUAGGAGACAAGAAUUCCGAGGCCUCUGGAAUAUUCGUGAAGAGCAUCACCGCAGGAAGUACGGUGGAGCGGGAUGGCCGCAUCCACGUUGGAGAUCAGAUCAUAGCUGUGGACGGCGUGAACAUACAGAGCUACACCAAUCAGCAGGCCGUGGAGCUCUUACGUCACACCGGGCAAACGGUCCACCUCAAACUCGUCCGUCAUGGCUUCAGACCAGGGGACACUCUCCUGCCAAUCACACCCGCGACCCCCGAGGCUAAACCGUGUGCCUCUAUGGAGAGCGUGCACGACCCUAUGGAAGCAUCCAGACCUGUAGUCGCUACUGCAGCUGUUCUGCCGUGCACGCCAGAACGAAAGAAAGGGAUCAAACUAAACAUUGAUGAGGAAGACGAACUGAAGAUGAAAUGGCAAAAUACUCUCGGUCCUAGCAACAAAGUUAUCGUGGUACAAGUUGAGAAAUUCAGCGAGAGCAGUGGACUGGGGAUCAGUUUGGAAGCCACUGCUGGUCACCACUACAUAUGCUCAGUUUUACCCGAGGGACCUGUAGGCCGUUCCGAAAAGCUCUACAGCGGAGACGAACUCCUAGAGGUGAACGGUAUACCUCUAAGAGGUGAAACACACGCGGAAGUGGUGAGCAUUCUUAAGGAGCUGCCUAUCUGUGUGUACAUGGCCUGUUGUAGGCCCGCCCCUGCGCCCUUGUCUGACAGUCAAACCGGCCAACCAGACCUGAAAAUAGCGAAAACAGAAGAGUCGACAGAAAAGGAGUUUGAUGAUGUCGAAGCCUUCCUCAUGCCUGGUGAAUCAGAGACGGGCCUAAGAGACCUGGUGCCAGAAGAGACCAUGGGAACUUCAUUAGCAAUGUGGGAGUCAGACAUCCAGGACAUCGAGCUGGAGAAAGGAGAACGUGGGCUGGGUUUUAGCAUCCUAGACUACCAGGACCCUCUGGACCCAGCUAAGACUGUGAUCGUAAUCCGAUCUUUGGUACCUGAAGGCGUGGCUGAAUUGGAUGGACGUUUGUUGCCAGGAGACAGGCUGAUGUAUGUCAACAACAUGAAUCUCGAGAGCGCCAGUCUGGAAGAAGCAGUUCAGGCGCUAAAGGGGGCCAGCUUAGGCACCGUCCACAUCGGAGUAGCCAAACCACUGCCUACUCCCUCCUCUAUCUUCUCGGGUCUGGCGCGGAUGGAGAGAGAUGAGGAUGUGGAGGAGGAAGAAGUCUUAUUUCGUGCCGAGCCAGUACUGAUUGACACUAGCGACUUGGACCUGUCAGACGAGAAAUUCGAUCGUCAUUACGACGGCGAGGAAGAUGACACGUUCCAGGCGUCCAUGAUUGCCCUUCACGGAAGCACCUGCGAUGCGGAUCUCACCUAUCAGAUGACCGUGGAAGCCUCCUCCACCCCUCAGAGAAAUCCGUUCAUGGAGUAUCCUUUCAUGACGGCAUCUGAAAUCAGGCAGGAGGACAAGGUGGCGACUAUUAUGCUCGACGCAGGAGUCGUACGAUUUGGCUCCACCCACUCCAAUCCGAUCACGGAGCACGAUUCACAGAGAAUUUAUGCUUCUCAAAAGGAGCUUCAGGAAGAUGAUUUCCCAAUGGAUAAAACUCAAGAGGAAGAAACCGAUCAACAGGAAAUGACUCCAGGGAGCAAUUUUGAGAGGACCAUCACUGUUGUCAAGGGCAACUCAAGUUUAGGUAUGACUGUGAGCGCGGUGAAGGGUGGCGAGGGCAUGCUGAUCCGCAGCAUCAUUCAUGGCGGCGCCAUAAGCAGAGACGGCCGUUUAGGCGUCGGAGAUCUCAUCCUCGCCAUCAACGGGGAAGCAACCGGGAACCUGACCAACGCACAGGCGCGCGCCAUGCUGCGCCGACACUCACUCAUCGGAUCGGACAUGGGAUCUUCAGUUGCUCCGGAUGAGGAGCUCUGCCCCUUUUAUAUCAUUACCUAUGUCCCGGCGGAGUAUUUAGAGGAAUACAAGGCUCUUAAACAGGACAGGGAGGAAGACUUUGCAGUGGAUGCAUCAAGCACACCAAGGUCUGUAGCAGAGCUUCCCGAGAGGGAGGAUGGUGAAGGGGAGGAGAGUGAACUACAGACGGCAAACUUCAGCAACUGGAACCAACCAAGGAAAGUGGAGCUCUACAGGGAGGUAGGAAAAUCGCUAGGUAUCAGCAUUGUCGGUGGGCGGGGCAUGGGCAGUCGCCUGAGCAACGGCGAAGUAAUGCGGGGCAUCUUCAUCAAGCAUAUCUUGGAAGACAGCCCUGCAGGACGCAAUGGAACUCUGAAAACUGGAGACAGAAUCGUCCAGGUGGACGGUGUAGACCUGCGAGAUGCCAGUCACGAGCAAGCUGUAGAUGCCAUCCGUAAAGCCGGCAACCCUGUCGUGUUCCUAGUGCAGAGCAUAAUCAACAGACCCCGGACGUCGGCAGCAGACUCCGUCGAGGGCAGGACGGCACGAGACUCAAACCCCAACAACAAGGAUGUUGAGAGUCACAGUAGGCUUUUCCUCCGUCUCUCCCCAACUAACCCUUUCACCCCUACUCCAUUUAAGCUGAACCGAGAGCCAGGAAAAAUUUCUCCAACAAUGCCGUUCCUCUCAGUGCCACGCAUAGGCGAGACGGACACGGACAUCGACAUCCUGACCGAGAUCCCAGAUCAUCUCACUCUCGCUCACGACACAGCGGAGGAAGAGGAAGAUGAAGAUGAGUUCGGCUACACCUGGACAGAAAAGGUGUUCAAUCGUUAUGGGAGUCUGCCUGGCGAGUUGCAUAUGAUCGAGCUGGAGAAGGGUCAAACCGGUUUAGGCCUGAGUCUGGCAGGGAACAGAGAUCGCUCCAGAAUGAGCGUCUUCGUAGUAGGCAUCGAUCCCAACGGAGCAGCCGGGAGAGACGGACGCAUCAUCGUAGGAGACGAGCUGCUGGAGAUCAACGGGCAGAUUCUGUACGGUCGCUCUCAUCAGAAUGCCUCGUCCAUCAUUAAGAGCGCUCCAUCCAAAGUCAAAAUUAUCUUUAUUAGAAACACAGAUUCUCUCACUCAGAUGGCUGUCAUCCCACUAAAGGAAUUCGGAGACAUCUUGGAUACGCAGUCAGAGCCCCAAAUAUGUUCCUCCCUCGUCUCCUCAGUGACUGACACAGACGUGUCUAAAUUUGUCCAGAGCAUAUUCUUACCACUGGAAGAUGAUGGACUGGUGUUUAGUGAGGAGGACAAGAGCGACAUAAUCAUUCAGGAUGUCAGAGAAGAUGGAGCAGCCUUGACCGUACAGGAGGUGAGUACCCAACCAGGAGACAGACUGACGGUAAUAGAUGAUGAAAUGCCCCAGGGACUCUCUGUGGAGAAGUAUAUGUCAUCAUUGAGCAAAUCAAAGAGCUCAGGCAAGAUCAGUCUUUGUACAGACAUCCACGCUGCAAUCUCAUCGUCCAAUCAGACGCAGAGACCGUCAGAUCUGUCGGUGUUCUCCAGCAUGUGUCCCCUGUCCUUGACCCCCCCUGAAACAGAAUCAAUCAAGAGUUCCAGCAGAUCAUCGACCCCUCCGACCUCGGCCGCCGACCCCGUGACCUGCCCCAUAAUCCCUGGUUGCGAGACCACCAUCGACAUCUCUAAAGGAAGAACGGGACUCGGCCUUAGCAUCGUAGGCGGCUGUGACACACUCUUGGGCGCCAUAAUAAUUCACGAGGUGUACGAGGAGGGCGCUGCUGCUAAAGAUGGAAGGCUCUGGGCAGGAGAUCAGAUUCUGGAGGUGAACGGUAUUGACUUGCGCACAGCGUCCCACGACGAAGCAAUAAACGUGCUGAGGCAGACUCCACAGCGAGUACGCCUGACUGUGUUUCGCGACGAAACACAGUAUAAGGAGGAGGAUCUCUGGGACGUGAUGUAUGUUGAGCUGCCGAAAAAAACGGGGCAAGGACUCGGACUUAGCAUCGUAGGAAGAAGGAACGAUAUAGGUGUGUUUGUGUCCGACAUCGUUAAAGGAGGCAUCGUAGAGAGUGACGGCCGGCUCCUGCAGGGUGAUCAGAUUUUGUCCGUUAAUGGCGAGGACGUCCGGACAGCAACACAGGAGUCGGUUGCCGCCCUGCUCAAAUGUUGUGUCGGUCCGAUCCAGUUGGAGGUGGGUCGCUUUAAGGCUGGGCCGUUUCACUCGGAGAGACGUCCGUCUCAGGGCAGUCAGUUAAGUGAAGGUGGAAGUUGUAAAGCCAGCCAGCUGUCUUUCACCGGCUCUGCUAGAUCACAAGAAGACUUCGAGAACAGCCGCAGGAGUCAGGAAUCACUGGACCAAGACAUCCGAACUGUGGAGCUCUGCAAGGGUCCAUCAGAGUCCCUGGGGAUAAGUAUAGCAGGUGGAGUAGGCAGUCCUCUGGGCGAUGUGCCCAUCUUCAUUGCCAUGAUGAACCCAGCUGGUUUGGCUGCACAGACACAGAAACUCAAAGUUGGUGACAGGAUCAUAUCCAUCUGUGACACGCCCACUGAAGGCAUGGCCCACAGCCAAGCUGUAUCCCUGCUGAAGAACACCACAGGAACCAUAAGCCUGCAGGUUAUCGGAGGUGACAGUACAGUAACAGGUCCCGCUCUGGAUCAAACAUCUGUCCUCAGCAGCAGCAUCUUCCACGAUGACCUCGGUCCUCCUCAGUGUAAGACUAUUAAUCUGGAGAGAGGGCCGGAUGGCUUGGGCUUCAGUAUAGUGGGAGGAUUCGGCAGUCCCCACGGAGACCUUCCUAUCUACGUAAAGACUGUGUUCGGAAAGGGUGCAGCUGCUGAGGACGGCCGCCUGAAGCGUGGAGAUCAGAUCGUUGCAGUCAACGGUCAAAGCUUAGAGGGAGUCACACAUGAGGAGGCCGUCGGUAUUUUGAAAAAAACCAAAGGGACCAUCACGCUGACCAUACUCUCAUAGAAUACUCAGUUAUACAAGUAUUAAAAAAAAAAAACAACAACAACACUGGCUUAUCUUAUACACUGUGACGUUUCAGCGCGAGUCCUGUAAAUAUCCAGUGCACAAAUGUAUUUUUAUUAUAAUCAUUAUUUAUUCACGCACUAAUACAUCAGAUGCUGUUUCAAGUUCUUUACUUUCACACUGAAUAACGUGUACUGUUUUAGUCAGAGGUACGUUCGGUACAAAUUAGGGCUCGAGUUGUUUGACUUAUGUGAAUUGUUUAUGUUUUUACUAAAACGUUUUAGCUACUUAUUAUAGCUGAGCUACACUACCGCUCAAAAGUUGGGGAUCACUUUCUAACUCCAUCUUUUUGGUUUUUAUUUCUUUCUAUAUUAUUUAAAAAAAACGUCCAAAAUAUGCAAUCAUCUCCUCUGAACACUUGAUUGGAACUAUCUAUGAGAUGUAUCUGCUACUCAUGAUCUGUAAAUCCUUCAUAACGGCUCUAAUCUGAGGUGCUGUUUGUUAAUUGCUGAUUUCUGAGGUAACUGGUGAGUCUAAAUGAACUUCUCCUCUACAGCAGCGGUAACAUUUUGGUCUUGCUUUCCUGAGAAGGUCUUUAUGAGAGAGUUUCAUCAUGGUGAUACUUGAUGGGUUUUACAAAUGCAUUUGACAAUACUGUUCUUGCAAAAACCAUUCCAGAAACGCUGAUAAUAACAACUGAGUGUUGUUGUUGUUACACAAUUACCUAAUUCCAUGUUAUUUUAUAGUUUUAAAAUCCUCUGUAUUGUUGUAGAAUAAACAAAAACCUAGACAUUUGCUAGUGAUCCCAAACUUUUGAGCAGUAGUGUACUUAGCAAGUUUUACACUUCAACUGUUUUAAUUCUUUCAGACUGCAAAAAAAAAAGUUGAAAAAAAUAAAAUAAAAUUAUUGUAAAGAGCUGAUUAGAUAUAUAUACAGAGUGGUAUUUGUAAAAUUAGGACUGUGAGAUGUAAGCGUUAAUGAAAUGGUAACUAAUUAGCAUUAAGAGCUAGUGAGGUGUAGCUGUUUAUUCACGCCUUGUCUUUAUGUAGUGCUAUCUGCAGGAUUUUUUUAAUUGGAAGGAAACCUUUCCAUAUAUUAUUUUUAAGAUGUUAUGUAUCCAUGUUUAAAAGCAUUAUACACAAGCAGUAAGCUUAAUGAACCAGUAUUGAUUUUUUUUGUUUUUCUGGAAAUAAAUCAAUAAAAGUAAUCUCUACCAAGA